UAAUAAUGCUCGCAAACGUUUCAUGUGUCUUGAAAGAAAGCUACAGGCUUCACCUAAAUUAAGGUUGGCAUAUGAUGACGUCAUAAAAGAUUAUCUAACGAAGAAUUAUAUUUCACCCGCGCCUCCGUAUGAUCCGCGUGACCCUACACCUAUUUAUAUUAUACCGCAUCACGCUGUUCUGCGCGAGGAUAAAUCGUCGACUAAGCUGCGCAUGGUUUUAGAUGCUAGCAUGCCAACUUCUGGAAGCCAGCGUUCGUUGAAUGACCUUCUGCAUGUUGGGCCGAAUUUACAAGGCAAUUUGUUUACAAUAAUUUUAGGUUUUCGUCUCCACGCGAUUGCCAUGACCGCCGAUUGCCGCCAACAAUUCCUGCAGAUUUUCAUGCGUGAGUUUGAUCGUCGUUUUCAAUGUUUUUUAUAUCGUUUCAGCCCGCAGGAUCCGCUACUUCUUUAUCAAUUUAAUCGAGUUUGCUUCGGCAUCAAGUCUAGUCCUUAUCAUGCACUGCGCACGGUAAGACAGCUCGUAGAAGAUGACGGCGCGAAAUAUCCGCUCGCGAGUAGCAUUGCGUCUUCCUCGUUGUAUAUGGAUGAUAUCGCCUUCUCUAUUCCCACGGAAUGUGAAGCAGUUUCCGCGUCGCAGCAGCUCAUCGAUUUGUUUAAGGGAGCUCAGUGGGAUCUAGUUAAAUGGAAUAGUAAUAGUAGAAAUGUGUUAGAUAAUCUUCCCGCUUCGCACAAACUUUUACCCUCCGCGGUGGAGUUUGAUAAGACCGUGCAACAUAAAUUACUUGGUCUGCAUUGGUCUACUGUUGAUGAUUGUUUUUAUUUUAAAAUUACUGCACCCGCCGAUGUGACGUGCAUCAAGCGCUCCAUCUUGUCAAUUACCGCCCGUCUGUGGGACAUGAUGGGCUUCGUUGCUCCCACAGUCGCGUAUAACAUCCCAUCAGAUAAUUUCUACCAUGUUUCUGGUAUUGAAAAUCCCGCUGAUGUUCUUUCGCGUGGCAUUAUGCCACAAAAUCUCGUCUCGCACCCUCUGUGGUUCCAAGGACCCCAGUGGGCUCGUUCGGACCCAUCUGAUUGGCCUCUUAGGAGUCUUGAUGCAUUACCCGCGCCGCAAGUCAAAUCUGAUCACGUCAGUUUGCUUGAUAGGCAUUCGCUACUGGACAAGUUAGUCCAGUCGUUUUGGAAACGUUGGAGAUUGGAAUACUUACACGGUCUGCAGGUUAGGCAGAAAUGGAAUACGCCUUCCACACCUAUUACUCCUGGAACGGUCGUGGUUGUGAUAAAUGAUAAUGCACCGCCCCUAACCUGGGCUUUAGCCGUCGUAGAGAAAGUACAUCCUUCAAAGGACGACGUCGGGCGCGUUUGUACAGUUAGAACCGCCAAGGGAGCUUACCUUCGCCCGGUCGUUCGUUUAUGUCCGCUUCCAAGACAAUAG